AUGACAAGCAUCCACUGUGCCUAUACCGAGCCGAUUAAUCCUGCGGGUGCGACCCCGGUCUUGACUCGCGAUCAAAUCUGGAAGGGUCUUCAACGGAAGAUCCGAAAGGCACAAGACUUCGUACCCAUCAUCGUGGACACUGAUGUGCUGGAAGAGAAGGAUAAUGAGGUGGUGCGAGGGGCACAUUUCAAGGAGCGAGAUGGCAUUCCCGCAGGCACGGUGAAGGAAGUCUGCAAGAGCUAUUACCCGACAAAGGUAGAUUUCUGGCAGCCUUCUGGUGCUCUGAUCACGAAUACGGUGUCGGAUGGUGCCUCCCUGACGGAGAGUGAUUUGCACAUGACCUACACGUUUGAGUGGAGGCAUGCAGAUGUUGUUGAAGGUUCCGAGGAGCACAAGAAGCUGGUGAAGAUGCAUCGUGAAGGCGCGAAGAUGGCAGUACAUUCGAGCAUUGAGGCGCUACGCAGGAUGGCUGCUGCUGGAGAGCUCGACUGAAGUAAAGAGGAAGCCGCAAGAUAGAUCAUGAGAGAUGAGGGUUGGGGACACGUGGAAAUCGACAGGGUAUUCGAAUUGCAUGACUUCGUCAGACAGUGUAUAGUGACUGCUUCAUAUCCG